AUGUUCUUUUAUUUUUAUUUUUGCUGUUUUUGUUGUUUUUGUCUUUUCACGCAGCAGCGGAUGGAAAUGUCAGCGUUUGAGGAUAAUCCGUUUGCGGAUGAGGAGGACGAGGAGACGACGUCUUACGUGGAAGCCACCAGCAGGAAAAGAGGGCGCGAAGAGACGGCCACAGAGGAGCCAAGGCGUGAAGGCUCAUCCCAAGAAGGGGAAGACCCCCGCCAGCUGACUCUUGCGACAGGCAACAUUCCCACCAUGACUACUGUUGCUGCAAACGAUUUGGAUGUUGGUGGUGAUGAUGUUCAAUUACAAAAGGAGUUGCUUGCGGAGAUCAAUGUAGAUGCGUCAGGGUCGAUAGUUCCUUCUGUGGAGGAUCUACUCACGGGGUACGAUGAGCGUAAAGAGGAGGAUGAGUUCAAUGCACUGGUUGUAAAGGCCGCAGGCUUGGAAUCUGAGGUGAAACAGAAGGAAAAGCUCCGUAGUGAAGAGCUUGACCACAUGUCACGGAGUAAUCGGGAACUCCGUGAGGCCGUGGAGCAAUUGAGAGGGAAUUUCUUUCUUAUAAAUGAGGAGAUUGAUUCCUUCCGUAGGGCACAGAGUGCGGUUGUCGAGGAGUGCAAUAAGAGCCAUGGUGUAAUGGAAUUAUUGGGAGAUGCUCAGAGGAGCAACGGGGUUCUUGAACAGACAGUCACGGACAUUACAGAGCGUCUUGUUGCAGAGGAUAGUGAAGGAAUCAUUUCUGCUUCUCUUAGGGAUCGUCUUUUCUCUUGUAUCGUUGGUGCAACAAAUGAACCAUCAGAUCUUGCUGCGUUUGAUGCUGAGGCAGAAAAAAAACGUUUUAUGCUCUGCGAGGAGGCAAUGGAGAAGUUGCGCACCGGUGAGAUGCCAAGUAUGACUCUCCCAAUUGUGGAGGCUUUGAUGACCAUGCUAAGGGAACUGGUGGUGCGAUAUGAAACAUUGUACAAAUCCACAAGGGCACUGCAAGAUUGUGUGGCAUUUAAGACGUCUUCUCUGCGUGAGUUGGCGCGGGAGUCGCUGGAGUGGUAUGCCCGCUCCGCCAGUCGUGCUCUUGUUGGAAGUGAUGGUGCAUUACGAACCGUGCCUGCGGAGGCAAAAGAAGGGGCACUAGGCAAUCAACACCUGGAGGCCACACUCCAUCACUUGGAGUGUGUUUUGCAUCAACUGCUUCGGGUUCCAAACGCCAUAACGGUGUCUAAGCAACAUGCACCUUCUGUUGCGGCGGCCUCUGCUUUUGUUUACUGCCAGGAGUUGGAGUCCCACACAGAGGCUCUUGGACAAGAGGUGCUCCGUUUGAGGAAGCUGCUUGCAACAGACACAACGACUCUGCAGCAUAUGAGUGAAUCCCAGGCAACCCAAGAGCCAGGCGCAUUAGAGACGAGCUUACCCCACGCACUUAUGAAGAGUGAGUGGCUGAUGGGAAUGACAAAUAAAUUAUUGGAAAGAAUUGGCGCUGCAGGUGCUCUUUGGCGUUCAUUAAAGGAUCCCGGAAGGAAGAAAAAUGCUCCAGCGGUGGACCUGCAGCUUGCUUUUUAUCAGAAAUAUGUCGUUAUGCAAGAAGCACUACUCCGUCUACUUUGUACUUUAAAUAGUGUUCUGCAGGGUAAAGUCCACAUUGUAAGCGUCAUUCGUCAGGUGGCUUUGUGUGAUGGCGAUGACACGGCUUUCAGUGUAUUGGCCGAGAAGAUACUGCAGGAGUCUGAAAACGAUAUCGGUGAUCUUCAUGGAGAGUUGGAGCGCGUCUGCACGGAAUCAUUGCGGCAGUUUGAAGACGAGAGUUCUGAAUUGCUUAAUGAAGACGGGAUGCGGGCUGAGCAGAGUAGGAUUCGGCUAAAGGACGUUCGAAAGUUUUUUGCCCACACCGUUGAAACAUUAGACCGUCUUGUAUACGGCGCCACGCCUGCGUCAGGGCCUAUUCAAGUGCCAAUUACGGAUACACCGCCGCUGAAACCUACAGAGACGAAUGAAAUGCCAAUCGAACUGAGCUUUCUUCCUUCUGAGGCUAAAUGUGAAGUUUUUGUGCAGCUGGCCUCCAAGUACCAUGAGGAGGAGCUGCAGGAAGAGUUUUCUUCCCUUCAACGGCGAAAUUCGGCGCUUGAAGAGCGUUUAAAAUGGCUUUCAACGCAGCCAUCUUCCAGCGCCGCCUUACAAUUGCGUUCCGUACACAAGGCGAUGGACGCUGUGAAGCAGAAGCUGGAGGGCUUUGCCGAGCAGGAAACGAAAUGGACGGCACUGCAAGACGAGUUGACAACGAUCCGAGGGGAAAUUUCUGCCGUUCAGAGCGACACUGUCGAGAUGCGAGAUAAACUGAACGACCUCCGUGGGAAGCUGCACGCAAGAUGUGAUGUGGCCCGUUCAUAG